UUUCACCAGUUAUAAAGUGUGUUUGUUGUCUAUCUUUAUGUUUCUAAGGCUGCAGGAAGGGAGAUGCAACAAUAGCCUUGAGAACAUCUGGACACAAAUAAAACUCUGUUCCAAGUUGCUGUCAGGUAAAAGUAGAUGAUAGCAGACAAAAGGAUUCUUAGUAAAAGGGGUGUUGUUGAACGUUUUGUUGACUUUACUCGACUUUUAUAGAUCAGAUAAAAUCUUAUCCAGGAACUUUCUGAAGUAAGAUUAGCCUACAUGAGAUGUGAGACGUUGUGUUGCCAUAACAUAAUUCAGUUUUGGUAUUUAAAUUUAUGUUCGAUUGCUCUAGUCUAGGGCUAACAUCAGCUGCAGCCUUGAGACUGGAAUUCUCUCCCGGCAACCCCCUAACCCUUAUCUGAACACUGUGACAACAUAGUAACUGUACUGUAGCCUACAUAUUUCUUGUCUUAGUAAGAAACAAUAGCUUCCACGAUGGAUCCGGACAAAUCUAGCCCCUCCCCCUCCACCCUCCAGGAGUCCCCAGGUCGACCGCCUCCCGGUACUUUACUGCUGGGUCUGGUCGACUGCAGGAAAACACCGGGGCAGAGUGGAACUGAGAGAGGAGAAGGAGAAGAGGAACAUGGAGAUUCGAUUUCAUUAAGGGACAGCCCUAAUCGUUGCUCUCUCAGUGGGAGGAGCUUAUCAUCUGGGGAGCCUCAACAACUUCAAGAUGCUGACAAGACAGAGAAGAGUCUCUCCAGAUCAGAACACCUCAAGAAACAUCAGCAGAGAGGUAUAGGGAAGAAACCUCAGCAUUUCUGCUCUGACUGUGGGAAGGGUUUUGCUAGACAGAAGGAAUUUAUAAUUCACCAGCGGAUUCACACUAGAGAGACACCGUACGACUGCUCUCAGUGUGGGAAGAGUUUCGGUGCAUCUAAAACCUUAACAUUUCAUCAAAGAAUUCAUACAGGGGAGAGGCCUUAUAGCUGUGAAUGGUGUGGGAAGGGCUUUGCUCUAUCAGGUGCCCUGACUACACACCAACGCAUACACACAGGAGAGAAGCCUUAUAGCUGUGAUCAGUGUGGGAAGAGCUUCAGU